GCAACAAUUUUGGCCGGCUAUGGAAGACGUUCACCGUUACUAAUAAUGGUAUCAAAAUACGGCUGCCCACUAUAACCCACGGGUCGAUCUCUCAGGUCAUUCUGGCAUGUAGUGACCUAUCCGGCUACCCCAAAAUGAUAGCCAUACAUCUGGUAGUUUUGGACUCUACCUGUUUCAGGAUAUUUGGCAUCCCAAACCACCCCGGGAAAAUGGAAUUCAAGCAGCACUUUCUUCCUUAUACAGAAGCCAGGUAUCCAACUACUUCCGUCUUCGAGUUACAAUACCCGACACUUUCGCACAAUGGCUUUGUCCUGGACUGCGUCGUGCCUGAAGGCACAGAGGUGAAAGACACUUCGAUCACCCUCUCGGAAGAGAAAGAUUUUGCUGCCAUCUCUUAUGUCCGCAGGGAAGAUGACACUCGCUUUUUGGUACUUCUCAGUAAUUGUGGUCCCCGACGCUCUGCGUUUACUAUUUUGUCCCCUGAGAAUUUCGAGCAGAAGGUGGCAUUCUUGCGGCGGCGGGCUUUGCAGAGACUUGUGGAUGAGUGCUCGGACAUUUCACCCUACUUCAUCAAGCAUGCCCAUUUUCGUCGAUCCAUCCAGGGUGCAAGGGUGAUCUAUGGAGCGACACAUCGUGACGAGGCGCGUUGCAUGGUUACGAUCGACAUUGCCCGGUGCCCUGGUUGUUGCACAUCUGUGAGCCAUGCAACUUAUGAUGUUGGUGUGCUUUACAUAUUAGACCCCGAUGUGCCUUGCUCAACAUUGAUGCCUUCACAGCUCAUUGAGACUGGAGUCCCUGGUCUGAUGAGGAGAUUUAUUUCCUAUAAAUCGCAUCAAGCGUAUAACUUGUCUGUCAAUUCUUUUCCAAUGGACUUGGUGCUGGUAGAAUCAGAGACUAAGGUGGGUGAUUAUGGCUGUAUUCCACAUGAUGGGGAUUUGUUCAAGCCCGAAGGCAAUAUCUCCGAGUUUGCUCCGGACCUUGCAAUUGACCCUGUCAAGAAUUUUGUCAGUGGCAUGCAUACCAGAUGGAUGCAAGAAAAUCUUUGCAUAGCCUCACCAUUUCAGCAGAGUCGGUGUAGCUAUCAUCGUCUGGCCCUCUAUGAUGCAACUGGCUGGUCACUUCCAGUGAACCAACAGCUUGUUUCCUUGCUGAAAGAGUUGUCUUUCCAUCUUGCAGGCAAACUUCUUGUAACAACAAUCAUAAAGUGUUCAGAGUGCCACAUUCUUGGAGCUGAUUUCAAAUCUGGUGACGUAUUGGGUCCUGAAACAUGGCAGAAGUUUGGCACCUCUACACCUUUGUGCUCCCUCAUGAUGCCCAUGUCCUGGCAUCAGGUGGAUCCAGAUGAGGGGGUCAUGGAUAUGUUCCUGAAUAUCAUACAUAACUUCUCAGUUCUAGCUGGAUGGACAGAUGAGGAAGAUGAAGUGACAGUGUCCUGUGAGGGUGCUGUUAAAUUCUUUCUAGGAAUAUUUGGUGGCUGCAACUUCAAUGAUUUUGUUGGGGAGAUAGCAUUCUUUAAUGAAUUACCCUUGAUGAUGGAGCCAAAAUCAAAAUCAUGUAAUGAACCCUGCACAAAAACAGGCAAUGCCUCCCCAACACAGGGUAUGUCUGAAGACAGGGAAGUAAUGGUGGUCACACAGAAGUGGUGCAUUGGGACAUUAGUUCCAUACUUACCACAGGAAAUUUAUCAGUGGCAGUGCCAUGUGUGGGAAGUUGUACCAUGCUGCAACAUGCAUGUGCACACAUGCAAGAUUGUAGGUCGGAUGUGCAUGUCUAGAAGUCUUUGUCCUUCAGGAAGUGCCUCCCCAAGACAAGAUAUAUCUGAAGACAGGGAAGUGAUGGUAGACAUGCAGGAGGAGCAGCACAUUGGGAUAUUAAUCAAACACUUGACAGAAUUUGCAGCUGAUACUAGAACAUUGGAAAACAAGAUAAUUACAUUAGUGUCAGCACCCUUUGCUGCAGUGUUUCUUCAGAUCAUUUCUACCAUCUAUGAAAAGUGGGAACCCAGCUCCUGUGGGCUAGACACUAAAUUUGAUAGAUGCAAUUUUCUAUCUGUGGUAGAAGAAAUCAAGAUGUUGCAAAAGACACUUUCUGGAACCAAUGAGGAUCAUUUAAGGCAUGCAAUGGUGGAAGAUAUUGCAGGAAAGAUCCUGCUAAUAUGUUGGCAUGGAGUCACCUCAGAAAUCACACAAGUUCUAAGAAAGGUGAUUGAUUGCUAUGUGAAUGGUGCCACUAAUGUUCACAAAGUUGGAAUGGUUCUCAGGAAUGUGAUUAAUUAUAUCCCAGAUGAUGGUCAGGGUCCACUUGAACGGGUGAUAGGUGAUGCAGCAGAGGGCACCUCUAAAUAUCAGUUAUUACUUGCAGAACUGGCUGAGCAGGCCACCCAGCUGGUGGAGGUGGCAGGAGUAUGUUGAAGUGAAAGAGGGAGUCCUCCAAGUGUUGCAUCUUGCCUGACUGUUUCCUUGUGUUCAUUUUCUGUUGGACUAUUCUUUCCUCUUUUGGCCAUCUGCUCUCUGAUCCAAUGGCCCCUUCCUUCCACCACUAGCAUUGUUGCCUCACCACCUUGUUGAAUGCAUGUGUCAUAACUACUCAGCCAAUGGUGUAUUUAUCUUUGUGUGUUGUAGAUGUGUAAGCUGUUGAGAU